AUGAUCCUCCCAGACGACGGCGAGCGUCAAUCGUCGACACCGUCUCCACCGUUCCAAUUGACCCCUUCAGAUCCUCACAUGCUCCAGAACGGCGUGCAACAAGCGAAUGGUUAUUACCCUUCUAACGGGUCAACCUAUCGCGCGCCGCGACCCAGAUGGACAUACGAAGGCCACGCUCCCGGUCGACCGUUGUCGGAUAUUGGCGAGGAGGAUUUUCAGCCGUCAUCCCCUGCCUAUGCAGGCAGGUACACCACAACACAACCGCAACAAGAGAAAUCAGAUUCCGACAGCGUUGGCUCUGGCUCUACGAUCGGCGCCGGUAGUCAGCGACAGUUGAAUUUGAACCCUGAGGAAAGUCGCGGAGGUAACGACUCUGGCUUCAAUUCUAGGCGUAGUAGCUAUGCUAGUCAAAGCAGUAUAGAUCGUGAGCGCGCUCAAGCUAGCGAUGCUUUGGUUUCGGGAUCAUCGCAACAAACUGAGGAAGAAAGUUCUUCUGCUAUUCUCAGCAGCGAAGCGGAGCGCAUUCUUGAAAAUGCGAAACGAAGGUUGACAUUGAUGGAAGGUAACCUCACUCGCGCUCGUUCGUCAAUUCGGUUGGGACAAACACCGUCACCAUCACCCACAUCCCCGGGAAUUUUACUGCCAACUCGCAACCUUCAACCCGCUGGGGCGUUAUAUCGAUCCAUAUCUCAGACAGAUCGUAGGGGCUCGCUGCUUCGACCUCGACCAGUAUAUACAACAGCGCAGGAAGGAGGACAUUCGCGCGGUCACAGCGAGACCAAUCUUCCAUCAGCAGCAAGCCUCAAAUCUCCCUCUCUACAGCCCUCACGCUCCAUGAGCGCAUUGGCUUCUUCCGGUUCAUCGCACUACGACUCUCGAGAGAACUCCUUCCCGUAUAACGCUGCGGAUGGUAGUGACAGCCAGGAGCGGAGGCAAGAGCCGCACCCAGAAGAUGAUUAUCGCAGAAGCUACCUUAGCCCAGACGUCAAUGGCUCAUCUGGGCUUGGGAUUUCGGCAGCGCCUAAAAUGUCGUCAAUGGAAGACUUCAACUCUGCAUAUCCACCCGAUGGACCCCCAUCUCGCGCGCAGUCCCAAUUACAAGUGCGAGACCUGAAGGAUCAAGCGGCCGGACUCAGAACCAAAGUUGCCCUUUUGAAAGUCAAGACGCAGGAGGACAAUCUUCGGCGCCGAAGUCUACAGAGCUUGCGCACUCCUAGUCCGUUUACAGCGGCUGAACGGUGGUACUCUAGCGCAUUGGAGCAUGGUAAUGGGGGUGCUAAUGUGCACAAUAACGCCGGAUAUGGAUGGGUUUCUGAGCCAACGUCAGCCAAACAGGACAGCAACGGGACUAGCACGAGCAAUGGCACGGACGAAUACCCAAUCGAUGCGCCAUUGAGUCCACAGAGACGAGAACCCGCAUCUUCAAAGUCACCGCAUAUUAUUGACGAGUUCGCAUUUGAUAAUGACGACCAAUCUGUUCUAGAAAGCCACUAUGAGGAUGCAGAAGAAGGCGAAUACGACGACGAUGAGGACGGAGACAUAGAUCGUGAAAGACUCAAUGAGAUCCUUAACGAACCUUAUGACGAUGAUGACCAAAGCGAUGUCUUUGAAGACUUCCCCUCCGGUAAUGCCCCAGAAGCAACACCUCACGAAGAGCGAGAAGAUGCAUUUGAUUACGAGAAUUUCUACCUUCACAGUGCGCUGGGCACAUUCUCGAGAAACAAAAUCCGACGUAACAGCUAUGGCUCUACGGGGUCGACUGAAACUACGAGACCGGCGCGAGAUCAGAGACCAGGCACCCAUAAUCGCAACGCAAGUAGCGAUUCAGUGUCUACGUUUGCAACGUUCGCGACGGCGACGGAGAACGCAUACGAUGAUGACUAUGACGAUGACCAGGAAGAUGCUCUAGAGGCUAUUGAUCAGAUCGUCGACACUUGGAACGACUUCGAAGAUGAAGAUGGAUCAACUCCCGUCCAAAGCCGUAGAGCUACAGUAAUAGACCGAAGCGACGACCGCUAUCUGGCCGCAUCGCGGAACCGCGACAACGAUGGACCUUUCACGCCCACCAGCAAGUCUCUCCCAAUUGACCGCAAUCUCUCCACCCCAACGACACCGGUAGAUGCAUUCAUGUCCUCUCUUUCGUCAAUCAGGUCGGCAUCGACACGACCGCCCUCAAGUCUCAACACAGAUGAUACCAGAUUGUUAGAGCAAGUCUUUGAGAGUCUGGGUAAAGUCUGCACAGAGUUACAGGAACUUACCAUGGCCACUGCUGCUUCUGCCACCACGAACCGCACUGUGGUCACUGCCAAUGGAAGCGCAGGUACAACGCCCACCGCAGAUUCAAAAUAUAUCCGCACCCUGCGCAGAAGAUUAGAUGCUGCCAGACGUGUUCUGGAUGGUCAACUUGAUUCAGACGCUUAA